GCUUUCCACGGAAAGCUUUGGUGCGAGUGAGAGGGUGGGAAGUACCCAAGCCAAUCAGAGCGGCGCCGCCCAGGACUAACAUGGCAGCAGCGCCGGGCCAGGCAGCAAGUUCCCGCAGGCAAUCCGACCGGUGACAGCGGCUGCAAGCGCCCGACCUGACGUGACCUGACCCGACCCGACCCAUCCCGCCGUCACCAUGCUCGGCAUGUACGUGCCCGAUAGAUUCUCCCUAAAAUCCUCCAAAGUGCAAGAAGGGAUCGGCCUGUACACUGCCAGACGGGUGAAAAAGGGUGAGAAGUUUGGGCCUUUUGCUGGAGAGAAACGAAUGCCUCAUGAACUGGAUGAAAGCAUGGAUUCAAGACUGAUGUGGGAGGUACGUGGAAAUAAGGGAGAAGUUUUGUACAUUCUGGAUGCCAGCAAUCCUCGGCAUUCAAAUUGGCUGCGCUUUGUCCAUCAGGCUCCUACACAAGAAGAGAAAAAUCUGGCUGCAAUUCAGGAAGGAGAAAAUAUUUUCUAUUUGGCUGUGGAUGACAUCGAAACAGACACUGAAUUGCUGAUUGGUUAUCUGGAUAGUGAAAUGGAAGAGAUGGAGGAAGAGGAGGAGGAGAAAAUGGUCAGCAAAGAGGAUGAAGACAAUCCCAAAGAUAUUCAAUCAUCUGGUGAUAAAGAUCUGUUGAGCGAUAAAGAAGGUUACGGUUGUCCUCAAUGUGAGAGCAGUUUCCGAAGCCAAGACAUCUUGGCAGAGCACUUGCAGUCACUACAUCAGAAGCCCAGUGAAGAAAAGGAAUUCAAAUGUCGGAAUUGCGGCAAGAAGUUCCCCAUUAAACAGGCCUUGCAGAGACACGUUCUACAAUGUACUGAAAAUGUCCUUCCCGAUGACAGCUCUCGAAGCUUUCAAUGUUCUGUCUGCAGCAUCGCCUUCAGCUCUGAGUCAAGUUUCGAGCAGCAUAAAGAAGCCUGCAAAGGGGAUGCCAGGUUUGUUUGCAAAGCAGAUAGCUGUGGGAAAAGGUUCAAAAGCAAAGAUGCCUUGAAGAAGCAUAAGGAGAAUGUGCAUACAGGAAGCUCUCGGAGGAGACUGAUGUGCUCUGUAUGCAACAAGAAGUGUUCUUCGGCUGCAACUCUACAGGAGCAUCGAAAGAUUCAUGAGGUCUUCAAUUGCCAAGAGUGUGACAAAAAAUUCAUUUCAGCAAACCAGUUGAAGCGCCAUAUGAUUACCCAUUCAGAGAAACGCCCUUACACCUGUGAGGUCUGCAGUAAAUCUUUCAAACGUCUCGAUCAAGUAACUGCGCAUAAAAUUAUCCAUAGUGAGGACAAACCAUACAAAUGCAAACUUUGUGGAAAAGGCUUUGCUCAUAGAAAUGUGUACAAGAAUCACAAGAAGCACAAGGACCUGGGGAAGCUCUGCAUAUCGACACACUCGGAAGAGAGGCCAUUCCAGUGUGAGGAGUGUAAGGCUUUGUUUCGAACUCCCUUCUCCCUGCAAAGACAUCUACUGAUUCACAACAGUGAACGAACCUUCAAAUGUGAUCACUGUGAUGCAACUUUCAAGAGGAAGGACACCUUAAAUGUUCACAUUCAAGUGGUGCAUGACGGGCACAAGAAGUACAAGUGUGAUCUGUGUGACAAGGCCUUUGUUACCCCCUCUGUGCUGAAGAGUCAUAAAAAGACACAUACCGGAGAGAAGGAAAAGAUUUGUCCAUACUGUGGACAGAAAUUUGCUAGUAACGGAACCUUGCGUGUACACAUUCGAAGCCAUACAGGUGAGCGCCCGUACCAAUGUCCCUACUGUGACAAAGCUUUCAGCAAGAAUGAUGGAUUAAAAAUGCACAUUAGAACACACACGCGGGAAAAGCCUUACCAGUGUUCAGAAUGCAACAAAGCUUUUAGUCAGAAAAGGGGUCUAGAUGAACAUAUGAGGACUCAUACAGGAGAAAAGCCAUUCCAGUGUGACGUCUGCGAUUUAUCAUUCAGCUUGAAAAAAAUGCUGAUUAGGCACAAACUGACACACAACCCAAAUCGACCAAUGGCAGAAUGCCAACUCUGUCACAAGAAGUUUACAAGGAAUGACUACCUCAAGGUCCAUAUGGAAAAUGUGCAUGGAGAGACAGACAGCUAAAGCUCUGCCCUUCACAUUUAAUCAGAGAGCUUCAACAUUCCUGAGCUCCAUUAUAGGUCAACGCUGUGGUAGAUUGCAACUAUCAGUAGUGUUGGAAUGCUUUACCUGCCCGAUAUGUAUAAUUUGCAAAGAUACAAUAUGCAUUCUUCAGCAGCUAGUGUGCUUUUGUUUUGCUAUUCUGAGAGCCUGCUGUGAAUGGGAGACGAUAGAUUUCAAAAUCCUUGCUUUUAUGACCUUUACGAUGAAUUAUUCUACCGAGGUUGUUUGAGUAUUCAGAAACACAGCACAAUCUCCUUGUUUCUUUAUGCUAAUCAUUUAAAUAAUCAUCAACUGGAUCCAGACACUUUACAACUGUUAAUCCUCACACUGUCACCAAUACCAAAUAAUUCUCUUGUGAAGGUGAUUUACUUUGAGAUUUCAGUUCAUCCAUUAAUGCUGAAAAGCCAUUCAUACCUUUAAUGAUACUAUUUGUCACAUGAACAUGUAUUAGUGCUAUAAUGAUUUGCAACUUACAUAUUUUAGAUAAAUAACUGAAAUGUAUUUCUGUCUUCCCUGCUCUUCUCUUACUCUUAUUUUGGUGUUUUCGUGUAAUCUUGUAUUUUUGAUUACCUAUUGGCUUUGUUUUAGUAGUAAUUUGAAUUUUUGUGCUCUGACUUAUUCAUUGAUCAAUUAAACAGAACCUCCUUUCUAUUUAGCAGUCCUGAUGCAGGUUUUUCACCCAAACCGUUGAUAAUUCUUUCCCCCACUGAUGCUGUUCGAUCCACUGAGUGCCUACGGCAGGUUAUUUGAUGCACCUUUCCAGUUAGUUUGCCCUCAUCUGACCUCACUGGCAGUCAGGUCCAAUUUUGAUGUUUAUUCUUGGAAAGUAUAGAUUGUGUGAAAUGGCUUAUAUUAAGAUUAUUGUAAUCAGGAUACAGUAAAUUAUUGCCACGAUACAGUUUUAGUGAGACAAUACUGGGAUUUAUGACAUGAACCAUGAUGAUAAUACAGAUUUUGUUCACAAUUUGAGAAGUACGGCUAAUGACAUUGGUCAAGCUUGGUGUAGAGAAGGCAUGCAGAUACGUCUCUCACUGCUACUGGAUCACGCUGGAAUUGCUUGUAUGUUGGGGCUAAUGGACAUCCUAUGUAGCAAUACUAUUGAUGCUGGGGCCAUUGUAUUUCAAGGCAUAUACCCAACAUCUCCUUGUCCAUGCAUGAAGGGUUGCUCAAUAACUUCUGAUCUUGCAUCUCAAGGAUAAAUGAAAACAAAUCUUGGAAAUCUGUGAGGCUUGGAAUGCCAUUGCAUUAAAGUAUUACACAUUUUUUGUUCAAAAAUUCAAUUUACUGUGAAAACUAGUUAAUAAUUGUGCACUAGUUAAGAAAGAUUUAAAACAGGUGCAUUUGUCUAAUGUGGACACAAGGAUGCUGGUUUAGAUAAAGUACUCCAGCACUGUCUUUGUCUUUAUCUAUUCUUAAUGUGGAUUGGAUAUUUCAUUAUAAUGCAUGUCAUUUAUUACAUUACAGUUCAAAUAGUUUUAAUACAUUUUAUAUGAAUUCUGUUAAACAAAGUGGAUUAUUGUUCAGAUAUAAUGAAAUGCAUUUUAUAUUUUUGCAUUCUUGCACAAGGUGUUAUCUCUAAUCUUAGUGGAUAAAUAUAAGAGUAAUAUCCUCAAAGUGUGU